UUAAUAGUAAUAAACAUUAUAGUAUAAAAGCAUGAAGACCGAAAUGUAACAGCUCACGAUCAAAAUAAAAAAUUUGUAACUUAGACCUUUUGAGAUAUCUUUAAUGGCGAAGAAAGCUGUGUUGAUUGGAAUCAAUUACCCUGGGACCAAGGCGGAGCUACGGGGCUGCGUCAACGAUGUCCGGAGGGUGCACAAAUGUCUCGUCGAUCGGUUUGGAUUCUCCGAGAGAAACAUCACUGAGCUGAUUGACACUGACGACUCUUCCACCAAACCUACAGGGAAGAAUAUUCGAAGGGCGUUGUUGAAUCUAGUUGAGUCUGCUAAAUCCGGCGAUGUUCUUGUCGUCCAUUACAGUGGACACGGGACGAGGUUGCCGGCGGAGACUGGAGAAGACGAUGAUACUGGAUAUGAUGAGUGUAUUGUUCCUUGUGAUAUGAAUCUUAUCACCGAUGAUGAGUUCAGAGAUCUUGUGGACAAGGUACCAAAGGAAGCACACAUUACAAUCAUCUCAGACUCUUGUCACAGUGGUGGUCUCAUCGAUGAAGCUAAAGAACAGAUAGGAGAGAGCACGAAGAAGAAGCCAAAGAAAAAAUCUGAAGGCUCUUCAGGACUUGGAAUCAAAGGCUUUGCGCGUGAAGCUGUGGAAGAAGCAUUGGAAACUCGAGUGAUCCACAUUCCUCACCACAAAGAUGAGAAAGAAAAAAACAAGACUAAAGAGAUUGAACUAGAAGAUGGUGCAAAAGUCCAUGUCGUAAACAAAUCUCUGCCUCUACAAACUCUAAUCGAUAUCCUCAAGCAAAAAACAGGUAACGAUAAAAUCAAAGUAGGGGAAAUCAGACCAACCCUUUUCAAUGUGUUUGGAGACGAUGCAUCCCCAAAGGUUAAGAAGUUCAUGAAAGUGAUUCUAACAAAGAUGCAAGAAGGUAAAACUGAAGGUGGGGUAUUGGGAAUGUUUGGGAAACUAGCUCAAGAGUUUCUUGAGCAUAAACUAAACGAUGAUGAAGAGUAUGUGAAACCCGCGAUGCAGACACAUGUUGGGAACAAGCAAGAGGUCUAUGCAGGUGCGAGCAAUGGUUCUCUUGCGGAUAAUGGUGUUUUGAUUAGUGGUUGCCAAACAGAUCAAACUUCUGCAGACGCGAGUCCUCAAGGUCAUCCUGAAAUGGCUUAUGGAGCCUUCACCAAUGUUGUGCAGAUCAUACUCGAGGAGACAAAGGGUAAGAUUACAUACAAAGAACUUGUUUGAAGGCAAGGAAGCUUCUUAAGAAACAGGGCUUCUCUCAACGACCAGGACUAUAUUGCAAUGAUAGCUUUGUGAAUGCUCCGUUUAUUUGUUAA